AUGAUAUACCGAUAUAUUGCCCGUGAAGCUUCCAGAUACCACUUUUUGCCACGGGUAGGGCUAAGGACUCCUUCAGAAUCUAGAUUAUACAAGUCAGUGAAAGACCUGAACUACACUUAUCCCAUAAAUGCUAGGUUUAUCUCAAUACGCCCCAAGAUUUCUACACAAGCCAAACCAGAAGAACUAAAUGUACAAGAGGUUCCGUACAAGGCACUCAAGCCCAUCACACCCAACGAUCUUUACGUUUCAUGUACCACGUUUGAUAAAAAGGGAAACAUAACGGGAGUAUCUCAAAAGUAUCUCAAGAUGGACUUUUUGAAACAAAACUUCCUAUUCCCCAGAGAUUUACGGAAAAUCGAUACUUCUUCUGUCGAUGUCAUUCCAUCCAUCAUGAUUAGACCACCAACCUCGAUAUUGGUCAACUUGUUGCACAUCAAAGCAAUCAUUAAGAAAGACAGUGUCAUGAUUUUCGACACAUCCACUCCAUCGAUUGCUAAAAAGUUGGGAAUAUUCAUGUACGACUUGGAAUUAAAGUUGAAGCUUCCUUCAGACAUUCCCUACGAAUUCAAAGCAUUAGAAAGUAUCCUCAUCAGUGUGAUGAGCUACCUAGAAUCUGAGUUGUAUCAACACCGUCGAACAUGUGGUCGUAUUUUGACAGAACUAGAAGAUCAAAUCGACCGGAAAAAGUUACAGGACUUAUUGAUAAAGCUGAAAAAAUUGUCAUCAUUCUACCAAAAGUCAAUUCUUAUCAAGAACGUCUUAGAAGAAUUAUUGGACAACGACGAAGAUUUGGAAGGCAUGUACUUGACGAGUAUAAAGUCGAACGUUGAUGAUUAUCAAGAAAUAGAAAUGAUUCUUGAAUCCUACUAUAAUCAAUGUGAUGAAAUUGUUCAGCAAGCAGGUAGUUUGCUCAAUGAUAUCAAAGUUACCGAAGAGAUCAUCAAUAUCAUUCUUGAUACAAACAGAAAUAGUUUGAUGUUGUUCGAAUUGAAGAUUACGGUUUACACCUUGGGUUUUACCGUUGCUACCUUAUUACCUGCCUUUUAUGGAAUGAACUUGAAGAACUACAUCGAAGAAUCCAACUGGGGUUUUGGAAUGGUCGUAGUUAUUUCGAUCAUACAAGGUUUGAUUAUCACAUUCAUUAACUUCAGAAAGUUGAAAAUUGUGCAGAAAUUGACUAUGGGUGAUUCUUUCAGAACAAAUGGCAUGCGGUCUUUAGGUGGUCAUUCCAGACACUCAAGGGAUAAAUGGUGGUAUAAGCUAAUCUAUGGGUCGAGAAACACCAAGUACCACCCACCUUCUCUGAAGGAUAAAGAUGUGAUCUGGAGGAUGAUCAAUGAUGAUAAACCAUUGAAAUAA